AAUGUUCUUCAUAAAUCAAAUCUCUACACGCGCUCAAUCACAGAGCAGAUCGAGGCACUCUGCCAGUUGAGGCGCGCGCAUGCACACGCACUCCGAAGCGUAUCCUACAUUGUGGGAUCAGCACAUUAAUAAGGACUAGGCUAUUCCUUAAGCUUGCUUCCGGAUCGAUAUUGGCAGCUUAUUGAUAUGAUAUUGGUACAGUUGUAAUAUACACCCGUUAUUUAAAGGAAAGCCUGGGGAGAAAUAUAUACCGCCCUGUGCAAUGAGGUGAACAUCAUUCCCGUCUACGACUCCGGCAGCUGAAUCGCCAUACCAUCUCCAUACCUGGCCCCGUCAUCUGACCACCCCAUUCUAGCCACUGCGACCCUUCUCUACGUCUCCAUGUUUACUUUGUGGUGAGAGAUGGGAAAGAUGCUCUUCCCUGCAACUCUCCAUCACCUCCUAUUGGUAGGGGUCUGUCUCUGCGUCUACAGCACCCCAGUCCCGCCCUUCCAUGACUACGCACCCGCCUCACAGGACAGUGGCUGUGAUGGACAAGCUGGGGAGCCAAUGGAGGGAGAGCCCUGUGUAACACCAGCAACACCUGUCAGUGUGACAUCAACAAGUGUCCAAUCUGGGCCCUCUGAUCCCAGCAGACUGUCCUAUGGGAUGGCAGAACACGUGACUGGCAGCUGGACUGACCUAUCAGAGAAUGUUGGAGCAGGGGGAGGCACUGGCCCUGAUGUGAUGGGACGCAAACCAGGGGGGAUAGAGCCGGUGACGCAGGCACGAAACGUGGACAGUCAUGAGGGUAUAUCUGGACCGGGAGGGGCUAAGAGCCACGGGAGGGAGGCAGAGACAGGGGUUGCCUCUGAGAGCUUCUCUGAGGGGAAGGAGACUCACAGACUGCCUGUAGAAGCUCCAGAACUCUACACAGACAGAGACAUGAAAGUUGGGCCCGAAGAGGAUCCUAUGGAGGAUGUACCUACUGUCACCACUGGUGCCAUGAUAGCUUCCCUAGGAGAGAGGCAAGGGAUGACAGGGGCCGUGAAAACACACAGAGCUGCUCUACAUGGUGCUUCCAAAGCAGCCAGAGCCCCAGAACCAGAUAGCCAGACAGGGACGCACCUUGCUGGGGAUAGAAGAGACCUCAUCCUGGAAGAGAGGCCAGAUCUCCAAGGAGGAAAGGAAGGGGAACUCAGAGAGAGCUUGCCCGACCUCGGAGCUCCUCUUCUGGGGCAGGAGACAGAGACGACCAGACCGAGCUCCUCAUCUCCCCAUAGUAUCCUUACAAACUCCCCAUUGACCUCGAUCCCUCCGUCAGUAUGGAGAUCCAGCAGAGACGCUUCAUCGCUGCCCCCUAGUGGUCUGGAGGCCGCUGGUCCUGCAUCUACACACCCCCAAGAUGGAGAGACAGCGUUUGCUCUCCCAGACCCCCUCCUGCCCGACCUUGGACCAGCCCUGACAGGAUCCUCCAGACAGGAUGACCCUGACAGCCUCUGGACUGAACCACUACAGCAAAAUGGGGCCGUGGAUGCCAGUGCCCCUCCCUUGCAGGACGCGUCCACAGAGGGCACAAUGUCAUCGGAGGACCUCCCUCUCAUCUUCGAGCCCUUUGAUGAUGUCACACCUGAAGGGGCGGGGGUAGCGACAGCCGUUCUCGCACCCGGCAACUCACAGCUGUCUGUCUCCAUGUCUAACACGGGGAUGCUACUGUCAGAGGUGGAGUUCGACCAGGUGGGCACAGGUGACACGGGGCCAUCCCGUAUCCCACCACUGGUGCUACCAGAUUGGACGUCGCCAUGGCAGACAUCCGGGGCUGAGAUCUCUGAGCCUAUCUGUCCUUCUGGUCCACCCAUAGACCCUCCCCCUUCAGAGACAGAACAGCCAGGUGGUCGUGAGACCAUACAGAACCCAGAGGAAACCCCGCCCACCUCCGAACCCAACCCUACAAGCAUCGCCUCCCAGCAGAUCAUCAUGACAACGGUCACCAAGACAACCAAUCUGCCUGUGGUCAAAUCAGGUCUGGAGGAACUGGAGUCUGAAGAGGAGACAGAAGUGGAUGAGGAGGAUGAGAACACAGAGGAGUUAGAGGACAGCGAAGAGGAACAGAAGGAGACCCCUAUCCCAGCCCCCACUCGACCUCCCUACAGCCUCAUCCCCCCGCCUCCUGUCUGGGUGCAGCGCAAUCAGGGCCUGAUGCGUAGCUGGGUGGAACUGAUCAGAGAAAAGGCAGGGUAUGUGUCUGGGAUGUUGGCCCCGGUGGGCAUUGGCAUCAUGGGGGCCCUGCUCAUCGUUGGGGCCCUCUACAGCAUCAGGAUGAUCCACCGUAAGAGGAGGAACAGCUUCAAACAUCAGCGCAGGAGGAAGACCAGGCACACUGAGCAACCCAGGGAGCCAAGCAGCAACGGCCAGGAUCAAGCCAUGCUAUUGGCUGACAGCUCUGAGGACGAGUUCUGAUCCUGCCCACAGCGCUGUGCCUGUAACUGAUGAGACUCGGCCCGCGUCGUCGUCGUCAUCAUAUCUCCAUGACUACCACAUCUCCAAUCACUGUGGGCCGAUUGGCUAUAAUUCAUCAGAGAGUAUUUGACUGUCUAACCAACAAGACAGGUGGGUAUUUGACAUGUAAAACAGAGUUGAACAUUUUAACACCUAUGUAGUUACAGGUGCAUAGAGGGAAAACAAUACAAUAUUUGAAAAAUAAACUCCAGGCUAUUGACAUUCUUGUAUGAUCCACAAUGUGUUUGAUAUCCUUUAAACCAACAGUGUGUAGAGCAUACAAGAAUGACCGUGUGCUGAAGCCUCUUUUUCAAUUACUCUCUAUGUAAUAAAAAGGCUAGAGCAGAAUCCAUUUAAGAGGAUCUCUGUUUAUGUAGCUGGCGAGGAGUGCAUUUCAAUAGUCUGAAGUGGCUUCCUCUUCUUGUCUCCUUUCCUACAUUUAGGAAGCCACUUCAGAAAUGAAGCCACUACAGGCUAUAGAGAUGCACUCAUGGUUACUGGAGUAAGAUUGUCACACACUAUUGAGUUCAUAACACAUCACAGACACUGAGAAAACAUAAGCUGUCAACACCAGUGUGCAUUAAUGCACUGUAGAUACUUUCAUAGACAGCCAUUGCUUGAUUCAGCCUUGUCGACUGUUUAAGGCCAAGUGAACAUAAUCCUCCUUUAAAAGCAUUCAGCAGGAAACCAGCUCUCUGUGUGUAGUUACAGGAAACUGAUCAUUCUAUUGUUGCUCCUCCUGACAAUGUUUUUCCUCCAGUGCGUGGCAGGCAACCUCUUUUAUGAAUGUAUAUACCAGGCUAAUACUUAUUUAAUCAUCUCCAUAUCAUUUACUAUUGAAUAGCCUACUCUACAGAAAGUCCAAGUCAUUCAGAAUCAUUACAUCCCAUAGCUAUGCUGAGGGAUUUUUUAAAGGGAGACUACUUGUAUUUUCACUCAACCUCUCUCUUCUGUACUGUUGUUUCUCCUAAUUGCCUAACAAUCCACUUUUCUUAUUUUGCACUGGGACCUGAAAGAACUGAAGUGAAAGCCAAAACUCUAAGGAGAAACAGGACACUUGCUGCUAGUGUACGCACUUAAUGUUGACAAAGGUUUCCAUUCCCCCUGGUUGAUGCCGUUGUGAUCCAAAUGUAUAUAUUUAUUCAUUUCUGUGGUUGAUGCAUCUAGUGUCUGCAUUUUAGCACUAAAUAUUAAAGGUGUUUUGAAAAGUCUAAUUCAAUGUAAUUGAGUAAUCUUGCAUUGUACUGUAGUCAUUCAAGUUUGAAAUGUGUCACAUUUUGCGUGACCAUCCCCUGGUAGGUUGCUUGAGAUACAUUGCCUGUGAAUAUGCAAUAAUAAUGUAAUGUACGGGUUCUUCUGUAAAAUGAUGGCCACAUUUCGGGCUUUCUUUCUAUAGAUACCAAAUGUGCAGUGUUACCAAUAAAGGUCUCUCUUACCCAGAAGGAUCUCUGUUUGUGGGAAGGGUUCACUAUUUUUGUUUCUAUUGCUAAACACAGUUGGAAGACAAAAUGCCUAAUAAUGAAUGCAUCACAUGAUACAAUGUAAAACACUGCACUCUUUCAGAUGUGCCAUUUGCUUGCUUUGGAACCAAGAUAACCAUCAGACAACCAAGAGUCAACCAAUCCACUUUACAGCAUUAAAAAAAAAACUAAUA